AUGAAUAAAUUUUAUGUUCAAAUUUUUUUUUUUCUUUUAAUCAUCACCGUAUCUGUGAAUAAUAAAACCCUUGCAACUGAACUGGAUCCAAGAAAAGCUACACCACCUGAAUCAAUACGUUAUUAUCUUACUUCAGAAGAAGUAUAUGAAAAAAAUAAGCACCUAUUGUGUAUCAAUCCCAAUGAAACUAUAAAAGCAGAAAAACUUAUGAACGAAGCUGUAAAACAUUUAAAAUAUCAUGCUACAAGCAUAAGUAAUUAUAAAUUUUUUAUAACACAUCCCAAUUCUCGUAUGGCUUUAUAUAGAAAAAAAUAUAAAGGCCAUACAGAUGUUGAAAAAAUUCAAUAUACAGUUUGGGGUUUUGAUAAGUAUAAUGAAAUAAUAAAAAAGUUAUGGGACCCCGAUUAUACCAAUUCUUUCAAUACUGAUUAUGUUAAAAUUGCCCGUGUGUACAAUCCAAAUUUAGUAAUGAUACAGCAUCGUUGCGAAAAAUUGCCGUUGAGCCGUCAGAAAUAUUUUUAUGCUUUAUCUGCAAAGGCUGAAAUAUCACAAGACAAAACUAUAAUUGUCAUGACUUCGCCAGAUAUAAAUGAUCACAAUCCUUCCAAUAAAAAAUAUCAAAACACAAUCAUAUACAACGCAAAUGCAUUCAAAACUGACGUAGAUUCUGAAAGUGAUAUUAGAAAAGGAAAAUUAAAAAAAGUGCUUCUUAACAUAGCUGGAUAUCUCAUUGAAAAAAAAGACAAAUAUGUUGAUAUCACCUAUAUCGAAUCUAUUAAUGGAGAUGCUAUCAUUAACAAAUAUGUAUUAUUGGAAAACCUUUAG